AUGAAUGCUAUUAUAUGGAAUGUGAGAUCAGUGAAUACAAAAAAAGCCUUUGAAAGACUUGUCAACAUGCAAAGGCAACAUCACUGUCAAGUAAUUGGAAUCAUGGAACCAAUGCGGGAUCCUAGGAAGUUGGAAAGAUACAGGAGGAAAAUUGGCUUUGUUCAAGCUUUUUCUAAUGUAUCAAAUAAGAUAUGGGUAUUUGUAGAUGAAGAUCAUGGGGUGGAUGUGUUGAUCAACUCAGAACAACAGAUUACUAUGAAGUCGACAAAUAUGGAUACACAGAACUCUUACAUUAUCACUAUUGUGUAUGCUAAGUGUGAUCCUAUUGAAAGGAUUGAAUUGUGGGACAGCAUGUAUUAUUUGGCUAGAGACAUGACAAGUCCUUGGCUUGUAGCAGGGGAUUUCAAUGUUAUAAUGGAUGAAGAGGAGAAAUUUGGGGGGCUACCAGUAUCACUAAAUGAGGUUACUGAUUUUAGACAUUGUGUUAAUACUUGUAACCUCACAGAUUUAGGCUUUAAAGGCAGCAUAUUCACUUGGUGGAAUGGGAGAGCUGGGGAGGAUUGUAUCUUUAAGAGGCUUGACAGAUGUCUUGCAAAUAUUGAAUUUCAAGAGAUGUUUCCUACUAUAGAGGUCAAUCAUUUAUCCAAAACAGGAUCAGACCAUAGUCCUUUGUUCUUAACAUGUAAGACAGAUGCAAUUCCAAUCAAGAAGGCUUUCAAAUUCCUUAAUUUUUGGAUAAAGCAUCCUACAUUUAAGACUGUGGUCAAAGAUAACUGGAGAAUAGACUUUUCUGGAGACCCUUUCUACAUGUUUAAUCAGAAGUUGAAGAAACUAAAGAAGGCCCUGUCAGCUUGGAGCAGGAACACCUAUGGGGAUAUAUUUCAAAAAAUUGCAAGUUUAGAAGAGGUGGUAAUUGUCCAUGAGGCUGAAUUUGAAAGAAACCCUACACUUCAAAGCAGACAAAGAUUACAGAAGGUGCAAGCUGAUCUAAUUAGAUAUCUAACUAUUGAAGAAGAGUUUUGGAAGCAGAAGGCUGGCAUGAACUGGUUCCAGGAUGGUGAUAGGAAUACAAAGUUUUUCCAUGCACAGGUUAAUGGUAGGAGAAAGAGACUACAAUUAAACAGAAUUAAAGAUGCAGAUGGUAACUGGUUGGAGGACAAUGCAGAUAUGGCAGAUGAGGCAGUAAGAUUCUUUCAAAAUCAGUUUCAUGAGAGUACAAUUCCUACAAACUUCAGGAUUCUGGAGUAUGUGCCUACUCUAGUAGACAGUGUACAGAACACUAAGCUGAUUCAGCAGCCUACAGAGGAGGAGAUCAAAUAUGCAGUUAUGGGGUUAAGUGGUGAGAGUGCAGGGGGUCCUGAUGGUUUUACAGGUGCAUCUAUCACUGCAGUUGGACAUAAUUAA